AUGUGUUUACCUGAAAAGGAAAUAGAUAGAGCAAAAGAUAUGGCACUAGAAGCAGUGGUUUAUCCACAAACACAAGACCCUUUUGGUUAUGGAAUCAAAGACUUCUACAACUUCAACUUCAACAACUUUGUUGCAAAAGAACAACAACAACAAGAACAAGAACAAAGAUCUUUCAGUUUUGUAGAAAACCAGACAGAAAACAAUUAUCCUUAUUAUGGAGAUUGGAAUAACAACAGCUCUACUUUGAAUGAACUUCAAGAAACUACUACUGAUCCAAGUAGUAACAACACUCAGAACUUGGAUACUUCACCUUCCAUUGACACGGUUGUUCGUCCGAAAAGGCGUAGAGCUAGAAGCAGAAAAAACAAAGAGGAAAUUGAGAAUCAAAGAAUGACUCACAUUGCUGUGGAGCGUAAUAGAAGAAAGCAGAUGAAUGAGUAUCUUUCUGUUCUUCGCUCUCUCAUGCCAGAUUCUUACAUCCAAAGGGGUGAUCAAGCUUCUAUAAUUGGAGGUGCUAUUAACUUUGUAAGAGAGCUUGAACACAAGUUUCAAUUUCUUGGUGCUAAGAAAGAAAAAGAGGUGAAAGAUGAUGAUGAUGAUGAUGAUGAUGCUGAUGGAUCAAACAAAAAGCCAUUUUCUGAGUUCUUUUCAUUUCCACAGUAUUCAACAAGUACCGGUGGUACUUCAAAUUCUGCAGCAGUUUUUGGUGAAAAAGUUGGUGAGAUUCAGUCUUGCAUUGCUGACAUAGAAGUAACAAUGGUUGAAAGCCAUGCAAAUCUUAAAAUAAGAUCCAAAAAGAGACCAAAACAGCUCUUGAAAAUGGUGUCUGGUUUUCAUAACAUGCGACUCACAAUCUUGCAUCUAAAUGUUACCACUAUUGGUGAAUUUGUUCUCUUCUCUCUCAGUGUUAAGGUUGAAGAUGAUUGCAAGUUAGGAUCAGUGGAUGAUAUAGCUGCAGCUGUAUACCAAAUGGUGAAUAGGAUUCAACAAGAGGCAGUGUUGAAUUAA